CAAGGAAAAAUUAUUAUCAGCCUCCAUCCCAUUCAAUCGAUUCUACAUACAACCGGAUUUACCGCCCUUCUUCCUUUACGACGAACACAUACUCCGGCCACCUUCCUUUACAAGGGAAAUCUGAUUUCUAUUCACGAAUAUACACGAGUCUUUGAGGGAAAAGCUUCUUGUUGCCCGCCAUGAACGCCGCACAGACUGGAAUCGAGAACCUCGAUCUCGAAAAGCUCAACGAUAAAGAUAAGACGGAGCUGCGCCAGUUUCUUGCGAAUGAGCAGCAGCGAUCGCAGAUUCAGGCCCAGACGCACAACUUGACGCAGAUUUGCUGGAAAAAGUGCGUGACAGGCAACAUCAAGGGCGCGAAGCUGGAGAAGGGCGAGGAAGGGUGCUUGGCGAACUGCGUGGAUCGGUUUUUGGAUAUUAAUUUCUUGACGAUGAAGCAUUUGAAUAACAUGCGUUCAUAAUAGAAGCUUGAGGUUGGAAUUGGGGAGGUGGGUUGUACGAUUAUGUAUGAUGCUAUGUAUUGUGCUAUGAGGAUAUGGAUAUGGUUAUGUGGAAUGGGAAUUAGACAUUCUUCUUUCUAUUUGAUUUGAUUGUCAUAACGUGGAGAACCAUUGAGAAAGGUUGUGAGUUUGAGGAUGAUGGGAUUACUUCACUUGAGCUUAACACUAUUCAACUACGCGGUGGGAAGAAUUGAAACAUAGAUCAAGUAUGGAAGAGUAUCACGGCAAACAUUGGAAAUUGUCAUCACUUCCCGU